AUCCUCCCUCAUCCAUGGUUCCGUUCAUGUUUUGUUCCCUCAUGUUGUGACUUGAACAGCUGGACAUUGAAAAGCACAGCUGAGUGAGAGUCAGAGAAGAGAGAGAGAGAAAGAGAGACAAGGGGGAUUACUGGAACAAACUGGAAAGCGUAAGCCACCAUUGCCAUCCCAUCUCGCGCGAGAUCAAGUCCUGCUGCCCUAUGCCCCAUUUGGGACUGACCUCUCCCGUCUAAAACAUGACCUUGCUCCUCCGAUCGUUGUCAUUUCGAGGCCUGGGUCCUCGAAUUGGGGGCUGGACCCGCUCUGUGGUCCUCAAGAACCCCCAACGAGGGUUGGCCUCGCAAGCCAUCCGCGAUUUGGCUUUGCCCAAUGGUCGCUUUGUGCGCUACAAACAGAUCCCGGGCUCGAACCAACCCACCAUCGUGUAUGUGCCCGGCUUGCAUUCCUACUCCCAUAUGCAUGGCAUGCUGUCCACGUGUCUGUUGCGAUAUUGUGACGUGAACAAUUACCCUUUCAUCACUUAUGAUCAUGAAUGCAUGGGCGAGAGUCGAGAUGGAGAUGCCAAAUCCUUGUUGUUCUCACAUUGGGUGGAAGAUGUGCGAGAAGUGGUAAAGCAGCUCACCGAGGGUCCCGUGGUCUUGGUCAGUCUAUCCAUGGGGGGUUGGUUGUCGCUGGUCGGGGCCCUAGAGAUCCCGGAGCGCAUUCACGGCAUGGUUUUGUACGCUCCCGCCCUCAACUACGUCUACCCGUACUACAAUCACCACCGGAGUCAAUUGACCACAGCCAUUCGGGAGCGACUCGACAGUGGCGAUAUCCACAUCAUUUCCAAUUCCUACGGCGAUGCUCUGCUCAAAAAGGAUUUUGCCGAAGAUUCACUGAACCACGAGCUGGAUCUGACCAAGAGUAUCCCGUUAAAAUGUCCCAUUCGCAUCAUCCAUGGUCUGCAAGAUUCGGAAGUUCGACCCGGACAAUCCAUGGACUUGACCAACGCUUUGGAAAGUCAAGAUGUGGACCUGAUCUAUCGGAAAAGUAGCGUUCAUCAAGCCGUCUCGCCCCCGGACAUUGAGCUCAUCCUCAAUACGAUCGACCGAUUAUUCAAGGACAAUCCCGUGUACAAGCCUGUGGCCUGAGUAGUCGAGACAAAAAAAAAAAUAACCUCCCCUCUCCAAACACUUUGCCUGCCAAAGAAGUUGAAA